AGGGCUGCAACAAAUCCCUCUCGUACUUGCACUGUCAGCAGCCAAACAGUCAUUCCUUGCUUGCAUCGACCCUCGUACACACUCCUUUAGGCGCAGCUGCCAACUGCCAACAUUUUUCCGCCAUCAGUGGCUACGGUACCGAUUGUCUACCUACCUUCCUGCCUGGCAUUCCUAAACAUCUACACGCCUCAACUCAGCACAGACAUCAUAUCUUCUACCGUAUUCUCAAGUAAGCACCACCUUAUCCGAUCUGCUUUGCUGAUAUUAUUAUUGUUGUCUCUCACGUGCGCCCGAUCUGUGAUUCACUUCAACCCACUGCUAUUAUCCCUUGUUUGCUUGUCGGGACUCUUCCUCACCUUCAUCGACAGUCUCAUCAAGUUCACCCCCCAUUCCCCUCCCUCUCCUCCCCCCGCUUCCCCGAGGGGGCCGUGGCAGCAGACUACGAUAUACCCACGUGGCUAUCCUUUUUGAGGCUUCCCUGAGUCGGCAAGGGCUCCCCCCCGACAACGGCUGACCACUCGACCUUAUGCAGACCUCAUCUUAGAAGUUUCUCUCCAUAUCGCACAUCGUCGUCACCGCUGUUAUCCAUCAUCUCGUCACCCUGCAGGGGUGAGAUUAAGCUCUGCCGAUAACGCCCCGCCAAACCUCAGUACAAUCUACACAAGCAAUCAUGUUUUGGCGAUUCGGCGGUUACGCCAAUAUCUCAACCCUUGACUCGAUUCUUGAGAAACCUGAUGUGACACUUGAGGAUCUACUCGAGGAAUCUGAUUUAAUCCAAGAGCUUAAGCAACAGAACGGAAAGUUGAUUGAGUUUCUCCGGAGAGAGGAUGUCAUGUGGAAAUUGCUCGAAUACGUCGUUGCACCUAAACGUUCAGAUCCAGUAUCUGAAGAGGCAGGGAGCUGUGCUGCCGCUGCCGAAGCUUGUAGUAAAAGCGAUCCCGAAGACGACAACCCAAACGGGUGGAAUCAACUCCCUGAAACAGAGAGAGAUAAGGAGGAGAAAAUCAGGCUGAAAUAUGCUUAUGUUUGCUGCGAGGUUCUAUCUAGCGAGUCCUGGUCCAUGGCGGAAACACUGAUGGAGAAUCUGCAACCUCUACGUAUGUUCUGGAGUUUCCUAGAGCGCCCUGCCCCCCUCGAUCCUUUACAGGCUGGCUAUUUUACGAAAGUCAACGAGACAUUACUAGACCGAAAAACGGAUGAAAUGAUGGAGUUUUUCAAAGGCUUGGAUAGCAUUGUUCCCAAGAUGCUGAAGCACGUGGAUUGCCCAAUGAUCAUGGAUUUGUUGCUCAAGAUCAUCAGUAUGGAGAAGUGUGAAGGGGGAGCUGGUAUAGUAGAUGUGAGCUUUCCUGUUUUCGACUGUCUAUGUUUUUACCCGAUAUCACCAAGGAGCUUUUUUACUGACUAAAUCCCAAUAGUGGCUCCAUUCACAAAACCUAAUACCUUUACUACUCUCCUUCCUUUCACCAGACUAUCCUGCGACUACUCAAACCUCGAGUGGGGAUUUUAUCAAAGCGAUCAUUACAAUAUCUGCCAAUGCGUCCCAAAAUGAACAAUCUUGUAUUGGCCCCAAUGAUUUGACUCGCCAGUUGGUCUCCGAGGCCUGCGUUCAAGGUCUUAUCCGGGACAUGUUGAACGGCGGUAACCCUCUCACUGUGGGAGUAGGGAUUGUUAUUGAGGUGAUCCGCAAAAACAAUUCAGAUUACGACCCUGACGUCGGGGCUAGCGUUGAUAACAUUCCCUCUAGUAGAGAUCCCAUUUACCUAGGCACCUUGCUACGUCUUUUUGCUAAACAUGUUCCGGAUUUCGUGGGGCUGGUGUUAGCUCAGUGUACGGUUGUGACAAGUGGGGAUGGCUCAAAGACAGAACAGCGAAGAGAACUGAGAGCUGCUUUCGGGGAAACAAUUGAACCCUUGGGCUUCGAUAGGUUCAAAACUUGCGAGCUGAUGGCCGAAUUGCUACAUUGUAGUAAUAUGGGUCUUUUGAAUGAAAGAGGGGGUGAAAGAUAUGUCAAGGAGAGGGAUCGAGAGAGGGAUAGAUUGAGGGCAGAGAGGGAGAGAGAGCGACAGUGCGUAGAGAGGGCCAAUGAUGUUAAUGGCUCGAUUGAGGGUGUAGUCGUUGAGAAAGCGCCACUCCAAGUACAGAAUGGCGGAGCUGAGACUGACGAGGAUGGCCUUAACGAGGAUGAGUUUGAAGAUGUUGCUGUGUCCGGACUCCUUGAUGAAGUUAGAGGGGCUACUGGCCAAAAGGCUACGGGCGGAUUGGGCAAGAAUGUCCCAGAUGAACCCAAAGACACUAAAAUGAAUGAAGACGAAGAUGUUUUUGUUGAUGAACCGUUAUCCCCCGCUGCCCUUGCAGUUGAUGCGCCUCCAGCCUCUGCCUCCGGCUUUGCAGGCCAAGCACCUGUGGAUUCUAUCCCCCAACUGGACAGUACCCCCGCUCUAGCGCCGUCGUCCGACGUCCCGGGUCAGUCAGCAACACCCAAUGAUCUGGUCACAGAAUCUCCUGGAGCGGGAUUAGAUUCUAAAGAUGAGAAAAUGGAAGAUGCGCCUCUCCCGCCUCCUCCGCCGCCAGCAAAGGACGACCCUAAGGCUCCAGCGUCAAAAGACCCUAGGGUAUCGGGAGAAAAGGCUCAACAGGAGGGGGGCAGCAAAACAGAAACAACUAUUGAGGGGGAUCUCAUGAUAACUGAUGUUCCCAAAGCACCAUCUCCGCCUCCGGCGGAGGGGGAUGAUGACAAUGGUAGCCUUUUGAAAGGCGGCAGGUCACUUGUGGACGAUCUCAAAACUACUUCAAUUGCCGCACCUCUAAAUCCACAACCCCCGUCGAUAUCCCAGGAUAGAAUGGACGCUGAUCUCCCCCCGCUCCCCAAAGAGGCAUUCGGGAAAUCUAAGCAAGUAGAUGACCCAGAAGAAGACCUACUUGACCUUGGGGGAGGUUCACCCUACAGUACUACUACUUUCAGAUCUACAGGAAAUUCGAGUUUUGAAGAAUACGAGACUAUGAUCGAGAAGGAUUUCGAAGGGAAUCCUGUCGUAGGGGACUAUUUGAAAAUGAUGUUUGUUGAGAACUCUGUGGUUCCCACGAUACUGGUGUGUGGUGGUUUUCACUGCUUUUAGAUUCCUAUAGGCUGGUCGAUACUUAUUAUUUACCUGCAGGACUUCUUCUUCCGGUUCCCUUGGAAUAAUUUCCUACACAACGUCGUCUAUGAUGUUGUACAGCAGGUCUUCAAUGGCCCAAUGGAGCGGGGUUAUAACCGUGCCCUUGCUAUCGACCUCUUUGCCACCGGCCGCAUCACUGAGAGGAUUGUGGAGGGGCAAAAGGCGUCCGACAAGGUGGAGGCAGAGAAAAAGAUGCGCCUUGGGUACAUGGGACACUUAACACUCAUUGCAGAGGAGGUAGUUAAGUUCGCCGAGCGCCAUCCUCCAGAGAUCCUCGGCCAUAAAGUCAUUGAAAAGGUUUCGGAUCCUUUAUGGAUUGAAUACGUCGAAGAGACUUUGGCAGCCACAAGAGAAAGAGACAACGCUAUCCUAGGGGGGGUCAGGCCGGACAUGAGCGUAGGACCACGACAGGCUGUUCUCAACGCGGUGCAAGCACAAGCAUUUAAUGGUAAUUUUUCUGAUUCCGGAUCUUUGAUUCUAGGGAAUAGUGUGAGUGGAAACUUAGAAACCAUCGAUUUAGCCAACGGAAACAGCGGAUCUGCGGGCAUAGGUAGCGGAGCCGGGAUUAGCGGUAGCGCUGGAGGUCUCCUAAGCGGUUUCGGAAGCUCAAGCGAUGAGGAGGAUGAGGAUAUGGAACGUGAUGAUGAAGACGACGAUGAAGUUAGCAGGUUAGGGCUCAGCGGCAGCAGCGAUCAAGUGGGUGACCUUACCGAUCUUUUGUUUGAUAAUGACCUUGAAGAUGAUUUCUUUGAGGACAUGACUUUCCUAUGAGUCCACGAAUUACCUGUCUAUAACUCUAUUCUGUCAAAAUGAGGGAAAGUUACUUUUCCCCGCUGUUUACUUUUGUAUCGAAUGUGUGCUUUCGGUGUUUGAAGAAAGACACGGAGUACUGGUUUGCUUUUUGAUAUUUAGGGCUUUUUCCACAGCAAAUUCUCCUUACCUUAUUUCUUUUUCUCCCCUGGCUCUUCAUAAUAUUAAAGCCACCUUUUCAAUACCUUUCGUUCCCCUCUGUCUUCUUAUUUUCUCCACUCUAUAGAGAGAUCUCUGUGCCAUCCAUUAUAAUGUGGGAUGUCGAAAGAGGUUAGUAAGACCAGGAUUGCUAACGAGUACUCCUUGAAAUGCCUAUAGUUUGCCUCGUAUAUCUCACAAGAAAUAACCAAUGUCGACAAGUUCGGAUCUUCAGACGAAGAGGACGAUGACGAUGAUAUAUCAUUCGCAACUGCUCCAAACGAGCCACCGCCCCCCCCUCCAUUGCCUCUAAACAUCACUAGAUCUUCACCAGCAACAGCUACAAAUGCGGCGAAUGUAGGCGCUAGCGCUGGUAUUGAAGUUGAAGGCGAAGAGGGUGGGUUUGAAGAGAUAGAAGAAGUUGGUGACUUCACAGGUGAUGGAGACGUGAGGACCACUCAUCCAACCCCUCUUUGUGCCCACUCAGUGGCUACUGAUCUGGGCUAACCUAACUGAUCAUGGGUUUCUAUAGAGCUCGGAUGAAGACGAUGACGAAUUGAUUUCUGGAGGUGUUUUAAGAAACAAGCCCGUUGCCACCCGUGAAGCAGAGAAGCGUGCGGUUCUUGAAGAAGAUGAAGGCGAAGUUGAUUUCAUCGAUGAGAUUCACGGAUUAACCCUAGCUGGGGUGGGAGAUCAAGGCAAGUCCACGAGCGAAACCUCAGCAUCAGUCACGACUGUGGUGGAAGGGAAAUCGGAACCCGCUGCUGGGGAAACUCAGAAAACCGGCACGAAAUGACCGGCUGGGAUAAGUUGCCUGCAAGUAUUAUGGCCAUAGAUGGUAAAUGGGCUGACUAGACAUCAUACUUUCUCCCCUGUUACUAGAUGGUGACCUUGCACAAGCCCAUUUCCCGCAAUUCUUUCCGCAUUUCUCUCCUUAUUUUCCUAGCUCGAUUCUCAGUGCCAGCCAUUCCAAACAUGGCCCUGGAAUCAGCGAAUUUUCACUUCUUAAGGGUUUGAAGCUUGCACCUCCGUUAUCAUUAUCAUCGUCAUGGUCCUCAUAUUCCUCUAUCCUGUCAAUGUUCGUCAUGGAAUUCAACAAAAUAAUGGGCUUUUCUUUCUUCACUCACAUAGUCUCUUUAUGUAUUGGGGUUGCCCUUUCGUUCAGAUGCAUGUACUGUACUGUAUGUAGCAUGGGUUGGGUUCAUACUAGUGACUUUUCUUUUGGUCAUGUAUACGGGUUAGGCAUCGUGCAGUUUUAUCAGAGGGUUAAGGGCAAGGAAGGGAUACGGGGAACAUGGGAGUACGAGUAGUUUUUGAAUGAAUUUUAUGGCUUUCUUUCUUCCUUUUUUUUGCUUUUGGGCCGGAGUCUUCUUUCUUUCCGGAGAAAAAAGAAAAAAAGCAGUUUUAUAAUAAUUUAGAGUUCCUGGAAGGUAUGGACCGAGAGCUCAAAAUCUUAGAAUGAGAUCAUUAGUCGGCAAAUAAUCCGGGUGACAGGAGGAAAAGCACUCAUGAAAAGUGAAAUAAAAAUUGGGGGCAUGAUUUGGAUCGCCCAUU